UGGAGCCACUCUCCCAGUCUCAGCGUUACAGCCCCAAGUGCUCCCAUCACCACUGGCACCACUGUUGCCUUCAUUCCCCACAUCUUCUCCUCUUUUCAGCCCUUGGUAUUUUCAAAGGUUCUCAUGUUCCUUCUUCUCGAUGUUGCUGUCGCUUGGGAUUGCUGCAUCCACCACGACUGCCUUCUUCUGCUGUUUUUUUGAUCACCACCACAAUUUUGAUCAGUCCGGAUCUUGAAGUCCAACAGCAUUUUUAUCUCGGUCAUUCUCAACCACUUUUGGAGUUGUCUUCCAAUUUCAUCCCGGGGGCUUCCAGCCCAUACUCGGCAGGUUCCUGUACAAUCUUGCCAGCCACUUCAUCAUGCUGUUCCAUGUACACCAUCCCUGCCCACAUCUUACACAACUCUGUUAUGUGCUGGAUGGUCUCAGGGGCGUCUUCGCACAGCCUGCACCUGGGUUGCUGUCUGGCGCGGUAGACCCCGGCCUCUAUUGACCUUUUGCUCAGCGCCUGUUCUUGUGCUGCCAUGAUAAGUGCUCCUGUCUUUUCAAUUCAAUUCAGUUUAAUUUGAUUUGUAUAGCGCCACAUCACAACAUACAUUAUUUCAAGGCACUUCACAUAGUGAGGUCGAGACCUCACAAUAUUACAGAGAAACGCUACAGUUCCCCCCAAAUGAGCAAGCGCUAGGCGACUGAUGGAAAAAAUGACUUCCUUUUAACAGGAAGAAAUUUCUAGCAGGACCAGACUCAGAAGUGGGUCGAACAUCUCCCUCGAUUGGUUGGGGUGAAAAGAGAGAAAUGGGGGAGAGAAGAGAUAGAGAGACACAAGAGAGAGAACAGUUGUAUGUACUUUGCUUUAAGCUCUAUCAGAAUAAUUCUUACAAAUACCGACACUUGAUGCAAUGCCAUUGUUCAUGAUAAUACUAAUAAUACUACUACUACUAGCGCCGUGGUUUUGGCCUAGUGGUUUGGGAGUGACAUGAUUUUGUAAUAUGCGAAACUGGUACAUGCGCCUUUUCUCUGUAAUCAGGACAUAUUGUGGAAAUGUCACAUAGAUACUCUGUAGGAGCCAUGCCAAAACACACAUGAUGAAAAACUCAUAUGCAUUGUAUGCAUCUAGCGCAUUAGUCACUUUUUCCGAUGUCUGCAUAAAUGAGGAUAUUCACACAGGCAGAGCUUAGCCUCCUUGGAGGGAUUCAGCUUAUUAGCUGGAAGCAACAUUCGUUGCUGUGGGAAAUGGCAGGUGUUGACACUGCAUGUCAUUUCAAAUGGGUCAGAGAAUUGUUUUGUCUUUUAAACAUGUCUGUAUAAGAUUGUGACAAAUUUUUAGAUUGCACUUUCGAAGAUCGUUAAUUGUUUUACAAUUGCAAUUUCAAUCGGCUAAUUUAUCAGUUAUAUUUCCACAGAGAUUAGGAAAAGUAGGUAGGAACAGAUGUAGUUCUAUUAUCUACAGUGAUACAGUAUUGAUUCCAUCAAAUAAACCUUAAUGACAAAAAAAACUAAAGAGAAAUUAGCUAUAUAGCAUUGUUUUAACGCUAUUGUUCUGCAGUAUAUUUUCCUAUUGCAGCUCAUCUAUCACAGUGUGUCCUCAAGCCACGGGCUUUGCUGGGGCCAAAAUAUGCAGAAAUGCUGAUGUGAAGCCAUUUGACGCGUGUUUCAUUGAGACAGCUUGCUGGAUCUGUCCAGAGGGACAUUUCCACUGACCUUGUGCCACAGCCCACAGAGAGAGAGAGAGAGAGAGAGAGAGAGCCAUAACAGAAGCUCCUGUGUCUCUUCCUAAUUCUUUCUACCGCUGUCUCGCUCUCAUCUUUGCUAAACAUGACAAUGAAUGUGUGAAGGAGAAUGGAAAUAUACAGUAAAAACGGAAAUGAAGAAAGGUAGAUGUCCAAAUGACCCUGGUGAGAACGACUACAGGCUCUCUUUCUUGUUAUUAAAGUAAUAAGAGUGCAAAGAUAUUUCAGCUUCUGAGCUAUUUCCCCCACAGUAACACAACCUCUGCCACUGAGUAUUUGAAAUUGGGCUCUGCUGUUUGAUAGGUAAAAACAAACAACAUAAUGCUAUAAAGAUAGAAACUUGUUUCGAAUAUUUUGUUUCAUCACUUCAAUCGUGCCACGUUCAUUACUCGUAGUGUCGUUCUUUCGUCAUAUUUUGGCUGUGGACAAAACUAAUACCAUGUUGAACAUUCUCUGCAUUGCAUGACCAUAAAUCUUUGUGACUGGGAACGUCUGCUAAUCAAAAAGUAUAAUAUAAAAUGCGUAGAUAAAAAUUGUCUCCCACUUUCCAGCACAGCGCGGUGUGUCAACACUUUAGUCUGGAAUUGUUUUCCGCAGUCCACACAAAUUGCACCGCGCGAAAUUUCCCCUCUGUCCUGCGGUGGGCCACCAUCCAACCUGCCAUAUUAAACAGGCAUCUAGAAAAAGCAGCUGACUAAGAACCGAAAUAAUGGUGAGUGACAGCCCAGUGCUUUCCCGGGCCAGUGAAUUGUUUGUAUUUGUGGUUCUUGCUUUGUCAUCAACCGAAUGGCUUUUCUAAUCUCCGCUACAAAGGCAACAAUGCACUCUGGAAGGCCCCAGGCUUGCUACACGCGUGGCCACGGCCAGGGGGAGGUUUUGGGGGCUAUUUCGCCGGCAGCCAAUGCUGUGCAGCGUUUAGUCUAGCAUGAGACAGCCAAGGGUGAGCACCGGAGUUUUCACACAAUAAAGGUGCUGAAGGGGACCGAGCACUCCAGGGAUACCAUCAGCCCCAGGGGGAGACAAGCGCACUACCAUGUUCAAGACCAGCUACCUGCACGAAGUGCGCAAGGAGAAGUAUGAGCGCUCCGAUGUCUUUGACGAGGAACUCGAGGACCCUGAAACCUCCGCAGGCAUCUCAGCCAUCCAGGGCUGGGAGAGCCUCCAGGAGCUCAACAGCCGCUUCGCCCGGUACAUCAACAGGGCACGAGUCCUGGAACAGCGGAACGCUGUGUUCCGCAAGCAGCUGGAGACGUUGCAGCGCAUGGAAGAGGCCAGCGGCCUGGAGGAGGCCUUCACGGAGCAGACUGACGUCAACAGGCAGCGCAUCCGAGAGCUGUCCUCCGACCAGGCCAAGCUGGAUCGAGAGCUGAAGGACGCUUGCCGCAUGCUAGAUGAAUUUACCAGCAAAUAUAGAAACGAAUGUGAUUACCAAGAACAGCUACGCGGGACGCUGGAACAGUUAAACAAGGAGGCCGACAGUGCUCUGCUGAGAAACCUGGAGUACCAAAUCCAAUCCCAGUUCCUGCAGGAUGACGUUAACUCCACCAGAGAUAGACACAAGAAGAACCUCGCAGAGAUCCAGACUUAUGUCAACAUUUUGCAGCAGAUCAACCAGACACUUCCCCUUGGUCCCAAUGUGUCAGUGGGCAUCUCUGAGGAGCAGGAGAAGCUGCUGGCCCAGAGGAAAGUGCCGGGGCUGCAGAGUCAGCUGGAGGAAUAUAAGAGCGCCCUCUGUCAGCUUCAGGCGCAGAAACAACGCCUACAGACUGAGACCACAAUACUGGAGCAAGCCAUCAAAAACACACAGGAGUGUUAUGACGACGAGAUCCAGAUGAACAACGAGCAAAUUGAAUCUCUGCGGAAGGAGAUUGAGGAGGCUGAGCGGUCCCUGGAGAAGUUCACCAGUGAAUGCCGCCACCUGGCCAUGUACCAGACGUCUCUUGAGAAUGAGCUGGAGAGGUACAAGAGGAUCAUCGAGAAUGAAGAUAACAGGUUGAAUUCAGCGAUAAUUGGCACACCCAUUACCCUGUUCACCACUAAUUACCGCUACACUCACACACCCACCGCAUCAAGCCGGGGGAGAGAUAUCACCCAGGCAAUCCAAGACAUCACCAACAUCAAGCCCCGCCAGAAGUUCCUGGCCAAGAAGGUCCUGAAGAAGAAAGAGCUGACCCCGAAAGAUGUGAUAGACAGUGGCCAGGAGGAGAGGAGCGGGGGAGCCCAUGGGGAGGCUCCAGAAGAUGAAGCAAAGGGGUUCCCCUCUGAGGAUGUGCAGGAGGAAAGGGUGAAGAGACAAGAGCAGAGGCCUGUUCUCACAGGAGUGUCUCCACAGGAUGUCCCAGAUGGAGCUCAGAUCAGCAAAGCCUUUGACACUCUGUGUAACAUUGUCAGAGACAGAAUGAGGAAGUAUAAGAAGCCUGAGCCCAUCGCUGACUUUUACACCAAAGGUCGCUAUGUCCUUGUCACCGGUGACGGCAGUUACCCUGACCCCUGCUUCUGCACAUCUACACCAUCAGCCGGCCACAUCUAUGUCACUAUCAGAGAUGGAAUGAUGCCACCCUAUGAGCCUUACGGACGCAUCACACCCACUCCUCCACCUCCUCAGCCAACGCCAGACCCCAGGCCUCUCAGUCCCACGCUGCCCAUAAAUACUGGAGGAAAGGAUGAUAAUAAGGGUGGACGAGGUAAAGACAAUGGCGGUAAAGGUAAGCAUAAGAGUGGAGAGCCUCGCUCCAAAGAUCCAAGCCCAGUCCCUCCACCCACUGGCCCAAGCUCUGGCCCCACAGACCCUACCCCAGGUGCCGAUCAGUCCAAGAAAAAGAACAGGGAUGACAAUGGCCCAAGUGGGCCCACUCCAAAGCCAGCGCCCCGUGGUGCCAGCACCAGCUCCAGCUCCAGUUCCAGCACCAGCACCAGCUCUGGCAGCUUCACCCCAGACGCCUUGAGCUAUGAGAAGGUCGAAGUGGUGGAGUCUGUGGAGAAGUUCUCCAACGGCCGCAAGAUCAAAGGUUACGAGGAGACUUCCAUGGUGGUGGAGACCAUGAUCGAGAAGUCCAGCAAGAAGAAACAUUGAAACCGCGUCACCCGACAUGAAGACUCAGCAAACGCCACCAGGGUCCAACAUGUUCCUGCUCCUUUAACAAGAAGACAGUACUGAUGUUGGUAUCAGACAAUGUAAAUACUCUUCCUCAAAUCCACUGUAAGAAGACCAGUGAUUUGGUCCCUGAGGGAGACCCACCAUGCUUAAAGACCAUCUACACAUUCCUGCUCUGAUAUCCAAUGCUCUUCCAUUUGCUUGCAGUCUCUGGUCUUGCUUCCAGAAUACGUUUGGCUGGUUCCGCAAAUACUGCUGUUGUUGUUUUGACUAUACAUCCAUGCUCAUGCUUUGAGUCCUUUACUGUCUGAAAACUUGGGUCGACUAAACAAAAUGAUGCACCAUGCCACCAAUAUAAAUUCAAAGGAAAACAAAUAAAAAAAACUGACAAGUUGUGCCACCCUUCUGAACUCUGUCUUAGAAUUCCAUCUCCCCCCUUUGAACUCAUUUGUUCAAUUCGAUACCACUGCCUGCCCUCAGCACAAUUUUUGCUGUGUAAUAAUUUGCUUUGAUAUAUUGAACAAUAAAACAGAUUCAAACAUCAAAA